AUUAAUAAAAAAAAAUUACUGAGAAGUGUCGAGUCAUACGUGAUUUAUUUUUAUUUUCUCUUAUUACUUAUCGUCAUGUACUAAAAAACUUUUAAAAACGUUUAAAGAUGAAUCAUCUCGUGCAUAAUCGAGAUCUGGAAGAAAAAUUUAACGGCGGUAGUUUCAGUUCGUCCAUUCAAGGAGAAUGUCAAUCUAGUGUUCAUUCUUUCAAUUAUUUAAAUUUUAAUAAUAAUAAUAAUAAUAAUAAUAAUAAUAAUAAUAAUAAUAAUAAUAAUAAUGAUCUAGUGAAGUGUGAGUUAAAUUAUUUAAAUAAAAAUGUUGAUGCUGAAAUGGAAAUUUUUAAUAAAAAAAAUAAUAAUGAGCCGGUUUUAGUCCCGACAAAUCCGUCUGAAUGGAAUUCGGAGCACGUUAAAGAAUGGUUGGCAUGGUGUACUCGGGAGUUUUCAAUAACUCCAGCUCCAGAAUGUAAUAAAUUACCUGAUAAUGGCAAGGAACUUAUAAAUGUCAGUAUUGACAAGUGGAAAAAAAUAUCUGGAGGUAAAAUUUUGGCGAGGCAUCUUGGGUAUUUGAGAUUGCAGGCUACUGGUGUUUAUACUGCUGAUCUUAUUCAGGAACAAAAAAUAAAUGAAAGGCUCAGCCUCCUACAGAGAUCGUGCUCGUUGAUUGGCUCUGGAAAUAUAACGUUAUCAGCGGGCGUAUCUUCUUCAGUGGCCUCAGCUAUCGCUGGCGGGGGUAAUGUUGGUGGACAAGUACAACUGUGGCAGUUUCUCCUUGAACUACUGGCAGAUUCAUCUAACGCGAGUUGCAUCACUUGGGAAGGAUCUAAUGGAGAAUUUAAACUAACGGACCCUGAUGAAGUCGCCAGGAGAUGGGGCGAACGCAAGAGUAAACCUAAUAUGAAUUAUGAUAAAUUAUCACGAGCACUCAGAUAUUAUUAUGACAAAAAUAUAAUGACCAAAGUCCAUGGCAAAAGAUACGCUUACAAAUUUGACUUUAAUGGAUUAAUGAUGGCUUGUCAAUCACAAACCAGCCUCGCAUUAGAGUCAUCAUCGUCUCCAAGAUCAUGCCCAACGCAUGUAUACUCAGGAUCACAAUACUCCACUCAAGGGAUAGCCCAACACUACUGGACCUAUUCUCGAUACUCACCUUAAAU